AUGGCCAUGAUCAAGAAGCUCGCGGCUUAUCCCCGCUUGCUUUUGGCUGCCAACCCCAAGAAAGCCGACUAUCUCAUGCUAAUAUGCGGUAUCGCCAGCUCCAUUGCGUCUGGUGUUCCGUUCCCAAUCAUUGCAAUCAUUUUCGGUCAACUCAUCAACAACUUCAACGCCGUGUCUUGCAAUGAGUCGAGUGAAGACUCUUCAAGCUCUGAUGCCAGCUAUCAGAACAGUAUCAAUCACGAAAUUCUUUUGAUCUUCUAUCUCGCCAUUGCCCAAUUCGUGUUGUUUUACAUUCAUUUGACAUGCUGGACCAUGUUCGGUGCUCGUCUCUCCCAGAGACUGCGUGAGAAGUAUCUUUCAAAUCUGCUUCGACAGGAACCCUCGCACUUUGACGAGCUCCCUCCUGGUGAGGUCGCUUCGCGACUCAGCAGUGACAUACAGACUAUUCGAUCCGGCACCUCUGAGAAGGCGGGCAUCGUUCUAUCCAGUUUCUCUUUCUUCGUCACAGCGUAUAUUGUGGCUUUCAUCAAAAACUGGGAGCUCGCGGCUAUUCUUCUUUCACUGAUCCCGGCCUACUUCAUAAUGUCCUUUGUUGGAAGUCAUUACAUUGAGAAGUAUACUGGGCUCAUGUCCGAUUAUGCUGCUUCCGCUGCUUCAAUAGCUUCCGAGGGUCUCUCCAACAUUAUCGUUGUGCAAGCCUUUGGAGCGAACAAGCGCUUGGAGGAGAAGUUCUCUAACGCCCUUAAGUCGUCUGAGCACCAAGGCUUGAAGAAGGCUACCGCUAUUGGCAUCCAAUCGGGUGUCCUUUACUUCAUUGCCUAUGGCGCCAACGGUCUUGCAUUUUGGCAGGGAAGUCAGAAAGUCGCCGACGCCGUCCAAAAUGGCACGUCUGGUACCACCGUCGGUGCGGUGUUCACCGUGAUCUUCGUUCUGAUAGAAGCCACCUUGACCUUAAGUCAAGUCGCGCCCUUCAUCCAUCUUUUUAUGGCCGCUACCGGUUCCUACGAAAAGCUGCGCGAGGAUCUUUAUCGCAAGUCUCUGAUCGAUGGCACUGGUGAUUCCGGCCUUCGCCUCACUGAAGCCCAGGGCGGCUUCGACUUUCAGAAUGUUUCGUUCAUCUAUCCUUCUCGGCCGGAAAUUACCGUCCUGGACAAGAUUAGUCUGAGUCUACCUGCCAAGAAACAUACCGCUCUUGUUGGCCUUUCUGGAAGCGGCAAGUCAACUAUUGCGAGCUUGGUCACCAGACUGUACGAUCCGACUGAGGGUCAAAUUACCUUUGAUGGCCAGGAUAUUCGCGAUGUCAACGUGCGUGAUCUGAGAGGAUUUCUCAGUCUUGUUCAGCAGGAGCCUUCUUUGCUUGAUCGCUCACUAUUGGAGAACAUCGCUCAUGGUUUGCUCAACUCAAGCAAGCCUGAUCACGCACACCUGAAGGAGAUUCUGCUUGGCACUGAGCUGGAAGACCUGGCAGCUGAGUUAAGGGAAGGCAGAGACAUCACGGCUGCAGCUGAAGCACGUGGCCCCAUCAUCGUCGAAAUUGUCAACUUGGUACAGCAUGCUGCUAAACUUGCAGAUGCCGACGGCUUCAUUGCGAACUUGCAGCAUGGAUACGGUACAAGCGUUGGAUCAAGUGGCCGUCUGAUCAGCGGUGGCCAGAAACAGCGUGUUUCUCUCGCUCGUGCUCUUGUGAAGGACCCCGCAGUCCUCAUUUUGGAUGAAGCCACUGCCUCUUUGGAUUCUCGAAGCGAACAGCGCAUCCAAAAAGCCAUCAACAACAUCACAGCCGGACGUACUGUUAUCACGAUCGCUCAUCGCCUAUCCACUAUUACAAGCGCAGAUAACAUUAUCGUCAUGCACAAGGGCAAAAUAAUCGAGCAGGGAGACCACGCAACAUUGAUGGCAAAAGAUGGCUCAUAUGCUGAUCUGGUCAAGCUGCAAACCCUUGGAACUGCACCUGGGAGACUCAACAUGGCAUCCGGCACAGACAGCAUUACCAAGUCUGACCAGGCUUCUCUGACCGACACCGAUGGGGAAAAGGCCAGUCUUUCUACAGAAAACGACCUUGGAAAAGCUGAGGCCCAGAUCUCAACAACCGAGCAACCUGCUGGUGACUCUGACGAGCCUGCCGCAGAUGAGGAGGAACCUGAGACCCCCAAGAAGUCUUUAUGGGCACUCGCAAAGGGAUACGCGCCAGCCCUACGGCCGCACCUGGUGAUGAUUUUGAUCGCAAUUUUAGGCGCUGUGGUCGUUGGAGGUGCAUUCUCUGGCGAAGCUGUGAUUUUCGGAAACACUGUCGGAAGUUUGAACCCUUGCAAAGGCGCCGCCAGUAUUCGCAACCGUGGUGACUUCUUUGGUUUGAUGUUCUUUGUUCUCGCAAUCAUCGAAUUCUUCGCAAACCUCGCCAGUUGGGCUGGAUUUGGCUGGGUCUCUGAGAAGGUCGUGUACACCGCUCGAGUCUUGUCAUUCCGUUCGCUCUUUGAACAGGAUCUUCAAUGGCAUCAAUCGAAGAACCGAACCCCAGCUCUUCUUCUUUCUUAUAUCACUCGUGACGGGAAUGCUCUUGCUGGACUCAGCGGAUCUGUGAUUGGCUCGCUGUUCGCUAUUAGCGUUAACCUUGUUGCGGCGAUUAUCUUGACUCAUAUUAUUGCUUGGAGAAUUGCCCUAGUUUGCUUGGCUUUGGUCCCGCUUCUUCUUGGAGCUGGUAUGAUGGAGCUUAUUAUUCUUGGAAAGUUUGAAGAGAAGCACGAAAACGCAUAUACCUACUCAGUGGAUAUUGGCACUGAGGCGAUCAAGUCUAUUAAGACCGUCGCAUCGCUGUCUCUGGAAGAGUCAACCCUUACCACCUACCGCCGAUCCUUGAAGGGUCCUAAUCAGGAGACUCUGAAGGUCACUCUGCAGGCAAGUCUGUUUCAGGCGCUGACCUAUUUCCUCGGUAACUGUGUGAACGCUUUGGCAUAUUGGUGGGGCGCUAAGCAGAUCAUCAACGGCAACUACACUCAGACUCAAUUCUUGAUUGUGGUGUUCUCACUCCUCGUCAGCGCCCUUCUGUGGAGUCAAAUGUUUGCUCUUGCGCCUGAGCUUUCUAGUGCCAGAAACGCAAUGGCCAGAAUCUUGGGCUUAAUCGAAAUUGGAUCUGACGGAAUGCGCGGUCAUGUUGACAAGCGCUCAUUCAAGAAUUCCUCCGCACAGGAAGACGUUGAGGCCGUGACGGAACCAAAGAUUGUACCGUCCAGUGGUCCUGCAUCCAGUGUCCAGUUCCGCGAUGUGCAAUUUGCGUACCCUGCUCGCCCUGAUGUCAAGGUAUUGACUGGUUUGAGCGUUGAUAUCAAACCAGGCAAGUUCUGUGCCCUAGUUGGUCCCAGUGGCGCCGGUAAAUCAACCAUCAUAUCUCUUGUUGAGCGCUUGUACACUCCGGAAUCCGGCUCGAUUCUCAUUGAUGGUGUCGAUGUAACCAAGCACCGUGAUGUGGCCUUCCGUGAAUCCAUUGCCUUGGUGCCCCAAGAGAGUGUACUCUUCGAGGGCUCCGUCAAGUUCAAUAUCGGUCUCGGUGCUAGGCCUGACCAUGAAGCGAGCCAAGAGGAAAUCGAAGAGGCCUGCAAGCUUGCCAAUAUUCACGAUGUCAUUGCGGGAUUGCCAGAAGGUUACGAUACCAUGUGUGGUCCCAAUGGCAGCCAAUUCUCUGGUGGUCAAAAGCAGCGUCUGUCAAUCGCUCGCGCGCUUGUUCGUAAGCCUAAGCUUUUGAUUCUUGAUGAAUCUACUAGUGCCCUGGAUGCCGAAUCCGAGAAGUUGCUGCAGGAUGGUCUUGAGAAGGCUGCUCGUGGCAUAACUGUCAUCGCCAUUGCCCAUCGCCUGCAUACCAUCCGGAAGGCGGAUACAAUCUUCUUGAUCGAGGCUGGCAAAUGUAUUGACUCUGGCACACAUGAAGAGUUGCUCGAUAGGUCUGACAGUUAUCGGGCCAAUGUUAUGCACCAGACCGUGGCUACCUGA